UCAUUUGGAGUCAGUUCAUUUAAGAUUGUCACCGGUGACGAUAAUAUGAUAUUAUAUUUUUAACUCAAAAUACAGAAAAUUAUUCUGAGACUUGUAAUUAAAAAGUAUAAUUAGACAUCAUAUGUGAAGUGUGUGUUGGUUUUUUGGAUUUUAAAAAAGAUACAUUAAUCAACAUGGGUGCCGUCCAGUAUAUCCUGCUCUCGGCGCUGGUUGCAAUUGGAGCUAGCCAGAGGUCACCGUACGCUUCACGCCCCGUGGGUUAUCCUAUUAUAGAAACCACGACUUUAGUGAACACUCAGAACGAUACUUUAGGAAAUAGAUUUGGUGAAAAUUCAACGUCAACCACGCAGCGCCUUCCCAUAGAAGCUCUCGGUGACAGAGACUUGGUGAACAGACUCGGAAAGCUACCUCAAGAUAAACAGCCGUUUUGGUUCCUCAACUGGCAAGCAUUAGAGGCUAAUAGAAAAGGCCCACAAUCGUACCCUCUUAGGCCUAGUGUUUUUGGUAGUAUUUCUUUCCCCGACGAGCAAGUCCAAAAUGUCCCAAAUACUCAACAACCUAUUCAAAGCAACCAAGGUUUUGUAAAUGGUCAACCCCAGCUUCAAAAUAAUCAAGGUUUUCCAAACGCGCAACCACAAUUACAGAAUAAUCAAGGAUUCCCAAACGCACAACCACAAAUUCAAAAUAAUCAAGGAUUUCCUACUCAACCGCAAAUCCAAAACAAACAAGGACUCCCAAAUGCACAACCACAAUUCCAGAACAAUCAACCUUUUCCAAAUGCACAACCACAAUUCCAGAACAAUCAAGCUUUUCCGAACGCGCAAACACAAUUCCCGAACAAUCUACCUUUUCCGAACGCACAACCACAAUUCCAGAACAAUCAACCUUUUCCGAACGCACAACCACAAUUCCAAAGCAAUCAACGUUUUCCAAACGCUCAGCCUCAAUUCCAGAACAAUCAACGUUUUCCGAAUGCUCAACCACAAUUCCAGAGCAAUCAACGUUUUCCCAAUGCCCAACCACAGGUCCAAAAUAAUCAACGUUUUCCCAAUGCAAAUAAUCAACAAAGAUUUAGUAGCAGUGAAGAAGAAUUCGAUUCUGAAACAUAUUAGACAUUCUGACAAUAAAUUUGUAUUGCAUUUGUAAUUAAGAUAUUGUUUUUAAGAAAAUAAAGCUGAGCUGUGAACUUUUAAAAAAUAUAUAAAUAUUUUAUAGCUAAA